AUGGCCAAGGCUCGGGGUCAUCAUGUUGUCUACUCUGCCCCCGGGUUUUCUGAGCUGCAGCCAAUCGAGAUGGUGUGGGCAAACGUCAAGGGAUCGGUGACAAAACCUGUCAUGAGUUGGACACAUAAGUCAUCCACAACACCAUAA